GACGAGGAUAAGUGGGACCGGAAGAAUCAGAAAUGGUUACCCACCUCACAAAUUCACAAUCCCCUCCUUCAGUGCGCAAUCUCUGUUUCUUGGAGAAAAGAAUCAAGUAGAAGAACACGACGAAGAAGAAGAAGAAGAAGAGGAGAAAAUCAAGAAAGUAAAGAAGCCGCCAUGGUUUCAGUAGCAGCAGCAGCAACAACAGCGACGAGAUCACCAUCCCUCUUCUCCAACUCUCUUUCUUCUUCUAAGUUUCGUGUCUCUACUUUCUAUCUCCGCGGCAACCUGGUGCAAACAGUCACAAGCAAUGGCACGUCCAAGAUCCUAUGCAAAGUAGCGGGAUCCACAGUGACUGUCGCAGAGACCAAACCCCAAACGAAGGACAAGAAGAACGAGUUCCAAAUCGAAAACCUAACGACAUGGCUGCUAAGGCAAGAACAAGCCGGUAACAUAGACGCCGAGCUCACUGUCGUGCUUUCAAGCAUCUCUUUGGCAUGCAAGCAGAUUGCUUCGCUGCUUCAGAGGUCAAGCAUUAUCAAUCUCACCGGGGCUCAUGGCACAAUCAAUGUCCAAGGCGAAGAUCAGAAGAAACUUGACGUUAUCUCCAACGAGUUGUUCUGCAACUGCCUAAGGUCUAGCGGCCGCACAGGGAUUAUAGCAUCAGAGGAGGAAGAUGUACCUGUUGCGGUGGAGGAAACCUACUCAGGACACUACAUUGUCGUGUUUGACCCUAUUGACGGAUCUGCCAACAUUGAUACUGCCUUAACUACUGGCUCCAUCUUUGGCAUAUAUGCCCCUGACAAGCAAUGUCUCUUUAACAUUGACGAUGACUCCACGCUCGAUCAAGCAAAACAAAAAUGCAUCGUCAAUGUUUGCCAGCCAGGCAGCAACCUACUGGCGGCUGGCUAUUGCCUGUAUUCAAGCUCAGUUGUCUUUACACUCUCAUUAGGGAAAGGAGUGUUUGCAUUCACCUUGGACCCCUCAUAUGGGGAAUUUGUUUUAACACAUGAGAAUAUAAAGAUUCCAAAAUCAGGAAAAAUAUAUUCAUUCAACGAAGGUAAUUAUGACCUGUGGGAUGAAAAACUGAAGAAAUACCUUACCCACCUCAGGCAACCAGGCAAUAAUGGCAAGCCCUAUUCUGGCCGUUACAUAGGAUGCCUUGUUGGGGAAAUUCAUAGGAUGUUGCUAUAUGGUGGCAUAUAUGGGAACCCCAAGAACAAGAAUAGCAAAAAUGGGAACUUGAGGCUCUUGUAUGAGUGCGCACCAAUGAGUUAUCUAGUAGAACAAGCAGGAGGAAUAGCAACAGAUGGUCACCAGAGAAUACUGGACAUCAAACCAGAGGAGGUUCACCAGCGUACACCAAUUUUCAUUGGAAGUCCAGAUGAAGUAGAAAAACUGCAAACUUACUUGGCUUGAUCCUUGUUGCCCUUAUUUUCUAUUCUAUUUAUUCCUAUGAAUAUGCUUGGCCUUUCAUCACACUUGAACAGAGAAAGGGGGAAAAUAAGUACAUGUAACCAAAAUUUCUAUUAAAAGAAUUCAAAUCUUCCA